AUGUCUCGCAAGCUAAACCCAAUUUCGACAUCUCUAUCAAACGGAGUUUAUCUCUAUGGACGAUUUAGCACCUACGGGUCCCUGCAUAUCAGCAUCUACGAUCCCAAAACCACUAUUUUGCAGCCACAGAAGCCACCGAGAUUUAGGAAUCUCGGUCUAGCUCUGCGAGUGUUAGCUCUCCUUAUUUCGAUCUCCGGCAUUGUGGUUGCAGCUAUUCCUGCAUCAAGGAACGCCGUCGCUAUCGGAAUACUAGGUCCUGCAACUCUCCCAACCAUUCGCCCAUCAUUCAGCCUCGUUAUUCAUUGCUUCAUUGCCCUUGGAUCAAUUGCUUGCCUUGCUUGUUUCGGAUGGUUCCAAGAUUGGUGGCCUGGGGGCAGCGCUCUCGAUAACGAUACUGAACCAUCAGAGCCUUUGUUCCUUGCCGCACUGACGCUUGCCUGUGUGUCGACAGGGCCGUACGAAAAGCCGCCAGCAUCCAUGGAUAUGAAGAAACAGCGCAUCGUCAUUGCAGGCGGAGGCUUAGGAGGUCUCACUGCAGCGUGCCGAUUGGCACGCGACGGCCACAAAGUCGACCUAUUCGAGAGAUCACAAUCGCUAUCCACCGCGAGCGGAGCCAUUUUUGUGAGAUCAAAUGGCGUCAGAUGUUUCUACAGAUGGCAGAUGCGCGAAGCCUUUGAAGCUGUGACUGCCCCGAUCAAAGAGCACGAGACUCGGAAUGGCAACACGAACGAGCUGUUGCAUACUCUCAAUCCUGGGAUUUACUCUGAGUUUCCGGAGUGGUCCACUGACCGCCAAACGCUGCAGACUGUUCUGUAUGAUGAAGCGUGCAAAGCCGGGGCCAAGGUUCAUUUUGGAAACGAGAUCGUCACGGUUGAGGAAGACGACCAAGCCGCGUAUGCAACUUGCAAGGAUGGCACCAGAACCACGGCAGAUUUGAUCUUAGCAGCCGAUGGAAUAUCCUCUCGUCUGCGGUCUCAGGUUCUUGCUCAUGUUGACCCGUCUCGCCUCACCGUGAUUCGAGCGCCUUCGACACAUUACCCAACUGAGAUUCCAGCCAAGAUGCUCGCCAACGACGAUAGGACCAAGUCUCUCCGUGAACAGCCCGAGUCAGAGAACGGCAUCAUGUGGGCUGGCCAUGGCGCAUAUGCCAUUGGCAAGUACAACCAUCUUCGAGGCCUGUUCAACAUUAUGUUCUCGAUUCAACACGGUGCUGCAGAUAGUGAAGCCAGCGAACAAAAGCUCUUUGACGCGACCGAUGACAGUGAAGUGGUUAAGAAGUUCUUCUCUUCGUUUAAUCCUACGGUCGUUGCUUUGGCAAAUAUGGUGCAGAGCUGCUCCCGCUGGCGGCUAGCUAGACUGGAGCCCCUCGAUACGUGGUCGAGUCCGAAACGGAGGUUAGUUCUUCUUGGAGACUCGGCGCAUGCUAUGCUUCCGAACUUGGCGGAAGGGUUUAGCUCUAUUGUCGAGGACAUCGAUGCCUUAUCCAUUCUACUUUCAGAGAGCAGUGAAGACGUGCCAGGAACAAUUGAGGCGUGGGAGAAGAUUCGUAUUCCUCGGGUAACAAGGCUUCAGAAUGGCUCGACGUGGAACUACAAAUUGUACAACUCUGGCAAGCCACCCGGAUCGGAGUUAACGGACGAGCAGAGGGCGUUAUCCAUGGGUGGAGGUGACGGCAAUGCACCAUUCAACACACUGCCUUUUGAUAAGUGGAUGUUCGAUUACGACACGGCUAAAGAGGUUAGACUUGCAAUGAAAGCCGAGUUAUCAUGA